AACUUUGAGACAGCCACGAGCAUCACGCAUAGAGAUGCAACAGACUGGAAAUUAAACAGCAAGUCAUACGUCUCUUCACACACCGAAAAUCAUAGAUGAUCACCAUCUAUCCUGUAAAUCUAGCCGAAAAAAGGGGAAAAGACGAUCAACGAUGUCCUCACUGACUAGAGUACUCUUCAUUUUGUCAUCGUUAAUGUUCACAGUCUACGCUGCCACGGAGACUCUUUGUGGUGCAGAACUGGUGGAUGCUCUGCAGUUCGUGUGUGGAGAGAAAGGUUUUUAUAUCAGCAGGCCAAACAGAACACACGGCCGCCGUUCUCGCACUGGAAUUGUUGAACAAUGCUGCUUUCAGAGCUGUAGCCUGAGUCUGCUGCAGCAGUACUGUGCCAGACCUGUGAAGUACGAGCGAGAUCUUUCCUCCACCUUACUGCAGGUCUUUCCAGUGUCACAGUCUCUUCACAAGGAUGCCUCAAGAACGCCUCUGAGUGUGAAAUAUUCCAAAUAUGAAGUGUGGCAAAGAAAGGCUGCCCAAAGGUUAAGGAGGGGGGUCCCUUCCAUCCUGCUUGCCAGAAAUUUUAGGAGGCAGGUGGAGAAAAUCAAAGAUGAGGAGCAAACUAAUUUCCACCGGCCCCUCAUUACCCUCCCCGACAGAUAUCCUGAAAUCCUUCCAAACAUCUAGAUCAACACUUCCAACAAGUGAUGCCCAGCCUUCCAAUGUGGCAACAAACAAUGGAUUAUAGCCAGUUCAUGGUCAGCAGAGGCACUUUUUUCGUGAAUCAUGCCACUCAUCAUCAAACCAGAGAGAGAUGAAUUCAGUCUUGGUGAAUAUCACCAGGAUGCCCAGACUGAUACUUUGGAUGUUGCUAGAAUGCCAUUGUCAAAAGCCUGCAAUCUGCAAAAGCAAUUAUGGUUCUGUCUUGCUUGCACCCUAUUUCGAAUGUCAUAUUUUAAGGAAUGAAUUUAUCGAGAUUAGAGUCCUUUACCCGCACCUUUAAAGUGCCACCUCCAUGGCAUAAAAACAGAAGAAAAGUACGAAGAAAAGAAUGUUGGCUGGCUAUGCAAAGCCAAGGACUGACGUUAACAGCACUAUUUUUUUGAUGAACUGCUCAAAAUGAUAACAUUAUGGUGCUAACUUUGCAAAUGGACUCAAAAAGAGUUUGUUGAAGAGUUUUUCCAUUUUAGGAAAAAAAAAACAAAGACUGUAUUCAAAAGACAAUUCAAAAACACUGGUUGUUUGGUAAUGAUCCCAACCAGAAAAUUUUUUUUUUCCAGGCUUGGCUGUUCAAGAUCCAUCUUCUGUGCCCUGGAAAAUUAAGUGAAGCCAUUGCUAUCAAAUGAGAUGGCAUUGCAAUUGAAGGCAGAAAACAUCACAAAAUAUUGAAGCUAAGAAUCCAUAACCAAGUCAUCUUUGACUUUGGGCAAGAGCAGUCUUGCACGUUUUAAGGUGUCACAUACUUGUACCAUAACAUUCCUGUUUGCAAUUUGAGUCUCUGCCAUUUUAUCUUUGCAAUUUGUCUUUACUGCUAUUUAGACAGUAUUUUACACAUAUACAAAAGAAUGAAAUAAUCGUUUUAAAGGGAAAAAUCUGCAAUAACUUUUUACAUGUUGUCAACAUACAAUUGUAGUAUUCCAGUGCUUUUGCUUGAAAAUAAAUACUUGAAUAUGUAUGAAUAGUCUUAUGAGAUGUUGCCAUUGACCCUAUUAUGACCAGUCUUGCGAAUUGAGCCACCAAACAUUUUCUACAAGUAAUGGCACUGUAUCAAGGCAUUAUUUAUUUUGAUAUGAAACCCAUAAAAAUCAGUCCCAAUGAGAGAUUACAUGCACAAAUGUCAGAUUUUUGUAUAUGAUCUUUUUUAGUUGUUCUGCUUAUGUAUGUAGAUGCUAUGUACCAAAAAUUCCAUGCCUCCUUUUUUAAGUAAAGUCAGUGGAAGCUUC